GAAAAGUCAUCAACAAAGACUUGCGCCACUACUUGAGCCUUCAGUUCCAGAAGGGCUCGAUAGACCAUAAACUCCAGCAAGUGAUCAGAGACAACCUCUACUUGAGAACCAUCCCUUGCACUACAAGGGCUCCCAGAGAUGGGGAGGUCCCUGGAGUAGACUAUAAUUUCAUUCCUGUUGAGCAGUUUAAAGCACUGGAAGAAAGCGGAGCCUUGCUAGAAAGUGGAACAUAUGAUGGUAACUUUUACGGCACUCCGAAGCCUCCGGCGGAGCCCAGCCCCUUCCAGCCCGAUCCAGUGGAUCAAGUUCUUUUUGACAAUGACUUUGACACCGAAUCACAGAGGAAAAGAACCACAUCUGUCAGCAAAAUGCAAAGGAUGGACAGUUCUCUCCCUGAAGAGGAGGAGGAGGAGGAAAAGGAAGCAGUGAAUGGCAGCGGAGGGAUAGAAAACAAAGAAAAACAUUCAGAUUCUCCUGACUGGAUGAAACCUGUUCCCAGCUACAACCAGACAAGCAGCUCCAUGGACUUCAGAAAUUACUUGUCGAGGGAUGAAACCCUGGAACCCCUGCCCAAGAACUGGGAGAUGGCCUACACCGACACCGGCAUGAUCUACUUCAUCGAUCAUAACACCAAGACAACCACGUGGCUUGAUCCGCGGCUCUGUAAGAAAGCCAAAGCUCCUGAAGAUUGUGAAGAUGGAGAACUUCCUUACGGGUGGGAAAAAAUAGAAGACCCUCAAUACGGAACAUACUAUGUUGAUCACAUUAACCAGAAAACUCAGUUUGAAAACCCAGUAUUGGAAGCCAAAAGGAAAAAACAGCUAGGACAGACUGAUGUUGGCCCUUCAAAAUCAGGACCAGAGAAGUCUGCCUUCACCAGAGAUCCAUCCCAGCUCACCGGGGCACUUAUACGGACGUCGCUGAAGAAAAGUACCAUGGGGUUUGGCUUUACAAUCAUCGGAGGGGACAGACCCGAUGAGUUUCUCCAGGUGAAGAAUGUCUUGAAAGAUGGACCCGCUGCACAAGAUGGGAGAAUUGCACCAGGUGAUGUCAUUGUAGACAUAAAUGGAAGUUGUGUCCUUGGCCAUACCCAUGCAGAUGUUGUCCAGAUGUUUCAGCUAGUUCCUGUCAAUCAGUAUGUGAACAUGACUUUGUGUCGUGGUUAUCCUCUUCCUGACGACAAUGAAGACCCUGUGGUAGAUAUCGUGACAGCCACACCUAUCAUCAACGGACCGCCUGUGACCAAAGGAGAUGUUUGUGUGACCAGCCAAGAUUUAAUAGCAGGAGCAGUUGUGUUGGACCAGAAUGGAAAAAUGGGCCCUAUGUUGGUCAAUGGUCGUCUGAAUGGCCCUUCCAUGGAUACAACUGAGCAGAGGAUCUCUCUUGCAUCUUCAGGAGGCUCUCAGCCAGAGCUGGUCACCAUUCCUCUAGUCAAAGGUCCUAAAGGCUUUGGGUUUGCCAUUGCAGAUGGUCCUACGGGACAGAAGGUGAAAAUGAUUUUAGACAGCCAGUGGUGCCAAGGCCUUCAGAAAGGGGACGUGAUCAAGGAGAUCUGCCAUCAGAACGUACAGAGCUUGACACAUCUGCAGGUGGUGGAGGUACUGAAGCAGUUUCCAGUAGGAGCAGAGGUGCCACUGCUUAUCUUACGAGGAGGUCCACCCUCACCUACUAAAACUGCCAAAGGGAAGGACAGGCAGGACAGCUCCGGGAGUUUGGAAGCUGUCGGCGAUCCCGUCCCACAGCCGAUGCCGUUUCCGCCCGCCGCCGUACGACCGGGCUCUCCUAAACCAGACCCGUCAGAAGUCUACCUGAAAUCUAAGACCAUAUAUGAGGACAAACCUCCGAACACGAGAGAUUUGGAUGUUUUCCUGCGAAAACAAGAGUCAGGCUUUGGUUUCCGGGUGCUCGGAGGGGACGGACCGGAUCAGCCCAUUUACAUCGGAGCCAUAAUCCCGCUGGGAGCAGCAGAAAAAGACGGCCGGCUUCGAGCUGCGGACGAGCUGAUGUGCAUCGAUGGAGUCCCUGUGAAAGGGAAGUCGCACAAGCAAGUUUUGGACUUAAUGACCAGUGCUGCACGGAACGGUCAGGUGCUGCUCACAGUCCGGAGAAAGAUCUUCUUUGGUGGGGAGAAGCAAGCGGAGGAGGAGGAGUCGCAGCCCGUCGUGACGCAGAACGGCUCUCCCCGGCCGAACCGGGCAGAGUUGGCCAACCAGCAGCCCCCAGAGGUCUAUGACGUCCGUCUGCAGCGGAAGGAGAACGAAGGAUUUGGCUUCGUCAUCCUCACUUCAAAGAACAAACCUCCUCCGGGUGUGAUUCCCCACAAGAUCGGGCGCGUUAUCGACGGGAGCCCCGCGGAUCAGUGCGGGAGGCUGAAAGUGGGCGACCGCAUCUCGGCGGUGAACGGUCAGUCCAUCGUGGAGCUCUCGCACGACAGCAUCGUGCAGCUGAUCAAGGACGCCGGCAACGCGGUGACGCUGACCGUCGUGGCCGAGGAAGAACAUCGUGGUCCUCCGUCGGGAACAAACUCGGCCCGGCAGAGUCCGGCCCCGCAGCACCGGCCACUGCCUCCAGCACCGAUGGCCCCGUGCGGAGCAGACAGGGGAGCUACGGAAGGUGACGCUGGAAAAGAAGUUUCAAAUAGUUACAGACUCUCCUGGCCCGAGCAUAAGCACUUGGCACAGUCCGACGCUGGCGUUGCUUCGGCCACCGGCAGCCGUCAUUCCCAGAAUCCUGGCUGUUUCCCAGUAGAGUUGGAAAGGGGCCCUCGAGGGUUUGGAUUCAGCCUCCGAGGAGGGAAGGAAUACAACAUGGGCUUGUUCAUCCUCCGGCUGGCGGACGACGGGCCGGCUGUGAAGGACGGGAGAGUGCAC